CUGCAGAGAGAGGGAAUGGGCGAAGAAGGGGCAGCUGCUCCGUUGCUGGAUGGGAAGCUCAAGGCGAGGAGAAGCGAUAAUGGCGACGGAGAGGCGGCAGCAGCAGCAGGGAGAAGGAGGUGGUGGCGGUGCCUGUGGGAUGCGGAGGAGGCGGCGGGGCAGGUGGCCUUCGCGGCGCCCAUGGUGGCCACCAGCAUGGCCUUCUACGCCAUCCCGCUCGUCUCCGUCAUGUACGCCGGCCGCAUCGGGGACCUCGAGCUCGCCGGCGCCACGCUCGGCAACUCGUGGGCCACCGUCACAGGCAUCGCGCUCAUGACUGGGUUAAGCGGGUCCCUGGAGACGCUUUGCGGCCAAGGCUAUGGCGCAAAGGUGUACCGCAUGCUCGGCGUGUACCUCCAGGCAUCCAUCAUCACCUCGGCUCUCUUUUCAGUCCUCGUCUCGCUCCUGUGGCUCUACACCGAGCCACUCCUCAUUUUCCUGCACCAAGACCCCGAGGUCUCAAGAAUGGCAGCGGUGUUCCUGCGAUACACAAUCCCGGCACAGUUUGCCUUUGGCUUCAUCCAGUGUAUCCUCAGGUUCCUGCAGACACAGUCCGUGGUGAUGCCACUGGUGGCGUUCUCGCUCCUGCCACUGGUGUUCCAUGUCGGAAUUACCCAUGCCUCCGUGCACUACCUGGGGCUCGGCUUCGCAGGCCCAGCCAUGUCAACUUCGCUGUCUCUGUGGCUAUCUUUCAUUAUGCUGGCAUCCUAUGUGAUGUUGUCAACGAGAUUCAAGGAGACCUGGGGGGGAUUUUCAACAGAAGCGUUUCAGUACGUGCUGCCCGGCCUCAAGUUAGCCGUUCCCUCUGCAAUGAUGGUGUGCUUUGAGUACUGGGCGUUUGAGAUAUUGGUGUUGCUUGCUGGGCUGAUGCCAGAUUCUCAAAUGAGCACUUCUAUCAUUGCGAUGUGUGCAAACACGGAAUCAAUUUCAUACAUGAUCACCUACGGGUUCGCUGCUGCCAUCAGCACAAGGGUAUCGAAUGAGCUGGGAGCAGGUAACAUUGACAAGGCAAAGAAGGCACUCAAGGUGACUCUCGCGCUCUCCCUACUCCUGGGAGUGACAUUUCUUCUGCUCCUAGGUCUUGGCCAUAAUUUGUGGGCCGGGCUGUUCAGCAAGAGUGAGGCAGUGAUAAGUGCAUUUGCUUCGAUGACUCCAUUUCUCAUUGGGUCAGUGGUGCUGGACUCCACGCAGGGAGUCCUGUCAGGGGUUUCAAGAGGCUGUGGUUGGCAGCACCUGGUAGCAUGGACCAACUUGGUGGCCUUCUACAUAAUAGGCUUGCCAUUGUCUCUCCUACUUGGAUUCAAGCUUGGCUUUCAUACUAAGGGGUUGUGGAUGGGUCAGAUAUGCGGUCUCCUUUGCCAGAACACCGUUCUCCUGUUCAUCACGCUCCGAACAAAGUGGGAAAGAUUGAAACUGGCGACAAACGGCAAAGAGGGCGACCUUAUCUGUUGAGAAUUUAUAAAGCUCGUUAGGUUUAACUAGAACAUGGAACUGGAAGUUUGAGAGAUGAAGUGCUGUAAAUGUAGACAGUACCAAGCAACAUACCCUGAACAUGCUCAGGUGUAGCUAGUAGCAAAUAGGAAGAGCUGAAUAAAAUGUUGCACCAGUUUUGUGUGAUAAAAAAGAUCUGGAAUGGUGUA